CCCACCAUGCUCCACGUCUUCCUGGGUAAUUUGAAGAUGUUGUGGUUUCACGUCCAGCUCGUCCUCCCUGCUCAGUGUCUCCCUCUCAGGAAGAUCUCUGUUUAAAACCAUUAUCUGACUGGAGCUCAUCCAUCUCGGCUCCCAACUAUCAGCCGAGGAGUCCUCCUGUGUUUGGGCUGCUGGCGAUUACAGCUUCCCAUCGUCGUCUUCCAUUCAUGGAUGUGCACUUCAGGCCUGGACAGUGGUGGCCAGAAAUAUGCAAGGGGCCAAUAAAGGGUAGCUACACCUUGAUGGGAGAUGGACGACAACGACUCCUUCACCAGCCUCUCCGGGGAGCAGCUUAUCUAUGCCAUCACCUUGCCGCUGUCGACCUCCAUCAUCCUGGCCAACCUCGUCAUCAUCCUGGGCAUCGCCUGGAACCGCCAGCUCCACAACACGCCCAACUACUUCUUCCUCAGCCUGCUGGUGGCGGACAUGUGCACGGGCGUAGCACUGCCUUUCAUACCGCUCAUGGGCCUGAACCGGGAGUUGAGCUUCAGUUCCUGCUUGGUGGCCCACGUAUUUCCAAACUUCCUCUUCUUGGCGUUCCUCUUCAACCUGGUAAUGGUGCAUUACGAGCGCUACAUUUGCAUUGUCGAUCCCCUGCAUUAUAAUAACUUGUGGAUGCAUCGCAGCUUUCCUCUGGCGUUGCUCGUGGUGUGGUUGCCUCCGCUUCUGUACGCAUGUCUACCUGCUUUUGGGUGGAACAACUGGACAGGACCAGAUUGGGACAGCUGUUGUUGUGCAAGUAGCCAAAAUCUGACUCUACUUUCAAACUGUUCAACAAAUGCAACCACCUGCUGCUCGUACCGGCGAGUAUUCCCCAACGCUUUCAUAUACUUAGAGGUGUAUGGACUCGUCCUGCCUGCUAUUCUUACAAUCGCUGCCAUGACUGGCCGUGUCCUGUGGAUCACCCGAGGCCAGCUGAAGGACAUAUGCCGCCUUCAUCGCUCGGUGGAUCGGGGCAGUCAGGCCUCGGACCAGGAGCAGAGGCUGAACCUGCGGUACACUCGCUGCGUGGUGGCCGUGUCGCUGACGUUCCUCGCGUGCUGGGUUCCCUACCUCAUCUACAUGCACGUCUGCAUCGCCGCCUUGCUCAGCGACACCAAGUGGAGCUCCACCGCUCACAUCGUGCUGUCCUGCACUGGUAUCGGAAGCAUGGCGGUGGUGCCGCUGGUGCUCGGCCUGGCCAACAAGCAGUACACGGAGCCGGCGUACAAACUUCUCCAGAAACUCAGAGACAGGUGGAGAAAUUCACAGGUGUCAGAGGAAGUGGCAGUCUGAGAAAAUACUUAUAAUUCUUAGUAUUUAGGAGGACGAAUCUGCACGAAAUGAUGAUGAACUGCAUGCACACUGUCGGCCGAGAGGGGGAGAUAUUUAUUUACAAAAUUAAAACACAUUGUCAUUUGUUUCUUUCACAAUAUAUUGUAGGUCUGCCCCUGACCAACAACAAAGUCACACUUUUAUGAUAUUAAUUUAAUUAUUUAUAUAAAUGUUUUUCUGGGGCAUCAGAAAAUGGUUUGAUUCCCAGGGAUGAAAAAUAAGUAACAUUGUUGAAACUGCAAAACCAACACAGUGCACCUUUAAAAUAUAAAUUGCACAAAGCAAAAUGAUUCCUAACAUGUUGGAACAACCAGCAAAGAAAGUGAACAUUUUGUUUCCAAUUAUCGCACAGUUUACACUUGAAUAAACCUAAUAACACAUAUUUAUUUAACAUUACAGCUCAUUGGCUAAUGCACAAUGUGGGGUCGAAUGAAUGCUCUUUAUAAAUAUUUUCAAACUUGAGCUGUCAAUAUUAUUAUUAUUACUGUAUGACACAGAUUCUUUAUCAGAAAACAUAACUGAAAAGAUGAGGACUAUGUAAGGAAGCUCAGUUUGGAUUUUUCUCGCAGGAUCGAUAUCACAGUGGGAGGUGGGAAAUAAACAGUGCUGCUUAUCAUAAAUUCACUGGUUGUGGUCUGUAAUAUACAUUCAACAGAAUUGGGCAGAAGAGAAUAAUAGUAGUAACCUGCGGUCGCAGCCUUUACAUGAUCAGUCUCUCUGAACGGCUUGUGUUGUUGCAUUGGUUCU